ACCAUCAUGUUAUUUCGAUUGGGAGCCUUUGUUCUCCUAACACUUGUAGCUGUUACACAUGGGACUAAAAAAUACUGCGAAAUAGUGGACCCUGCCAAGACUUUUCACUCUUAUGGCGCAGUUAGUCUUCAUACAGGUGAACCGGUUACGUUCGACCAGUAUAUUGGCUGGACCCUGUUGGUAAUUCCUGUUGCAACGUACGAUGAUUUAAACCACCAGUACCUCGAAUUUAAUCAACUACAAACUGAGUUUUUAUCACAAAACUUCACCAUAUUAGCUUAUCCAACGACCGAGUUCUGGAAAAAGGAGCCUGGUAGCAAUGAUGAGAUUUUGAACGGGUUAAGAGAAGUAAGGCCUGGUGGGGGUUAUGUGCCCAACUUUGAAAUAUUUGAAAAGGUCAAUGUCAAUGGAGCCACACAGACAGACGCAUGGGCAUAUAUUAAGGGUAACUGUCACUCCCCUGUGGAUGAGCUUGGCGACAGCAAAUAUUUAUUUUGGGAACCGUUCAACAACCGAGACGUUCGAUGGACUUUCCUGGAGCGCAUUAUAAUUGGUGCUGAUGGUCUUCCAUAUAUACGUUACAAUGACCCCAGUGAUCCAUACACUCCAGGCGGCUUGCGUGAUGAUAUCGAGCAAUAUCUGAGGGAUGGUUACAUUGAUUUGUAAAACAAAACUCUUUUUCAAUUGAAUUGCCGAAACUACUUUGUAUUCAAGAAUUCAAGAUUUUUUAUCAAGGUCAUCCGACUUUGUUACGAGUUCACACAAAUAAACGACUAUCUUGAAA